GAUCUCUUACGUUGAAAAGUUACAGCCGCCAUACUUGAACAUAUAAAUUAAAUGCCAAUAAAGCAACGCCGUGUAGACGGUAAACCAUUGUCACGAAACAAGGGAAUUAAUGUUUCAAUUGUGGUGGACGGUAAGACCGUCGAGAACACCAGCAGAAAGUCAAAUCGCAAGAGGUCGAUUUGCUUUACUACCUUUAUGGUGCCGCUAUUGUUGACUAUAGUAUCUUUCUACUUGAGAUAUUACGAACUAGGUGCAAAUAAUACCGUUGUUUGGGAUGAAGCCCAUUUUGCAAAGUUUGGGUCAUUCUACAAUAGACAUACCUUUUAUCACGAUGUUCAUCCUCCAUUAGGUAAAAUGCUUUGUGGGCUCUCAGAAUGGUUGGUUGGAUAUGACCCAAGUCAGAACCCAGAUUAUAACUUUGAAUCAGGCUCGGAAUACCCUGAACAAAUCAACUAUUUUGGAAUGAGGCUUUUCCAGAUUUGUUUCAGCUCACUACUUGCUCCUAUCUCUUGGCUUACGUGUCAAAGUUUAAAUGUGAAUCUACCAACAAGUUAUCUGAUUUCACUCAUGAUCUGCCUAGAAUCAAGCUUUAUUGUCUUAGGAAAGUUUGUCCUUUUGGAUUCGUUCUUAUUCAUAUUUACUGCCACUACAUUCUUAUGUCUAGCACAAGUGCAUAGAUAUAGGUCAACCGAAGGAAAAUCCAGGAAGCAGUCAUACUGGUUAGCCCUGUUAGGCUUGAGUAUUGGGUGUGUGUGCAGUGUCAAGUGGGUCGGCCUGUUUGUGACAGCAGUGGUUGGUAUCUAUACCAUUAUUGACCUUUGGGUCAAAUUCUGGGACACCAAUUUUUCGUGGCUCAAGUACGCCAAAAUUUGGCUCAAGAGAAUAAUAUGCUUGAUUGUCAUACCAACUUCUCUCUACAUCUUAUUUUUUAGGAUCCAUUUGGAUUUAUUAUAUUUACCAGGUGAUGGGAGUGGAUCAAUGAAUACUUUAUUCCAAGCCAACAUGGCCUCAACAGACAUACUUGCACAACCUAGAUAUGUUCAACUAAACGAUGAAAUAACAUUGCGAUCUCAAGGUAUGAACUCUAAUCUUUUACAUUCACAUCAACAGGUCUAUCCUGGUGGCAGUAACCAGCAUCAGAUCACGACAUAUGGCUUCAAAGAUACCAAUAAUAUUUGGAGAAUUAGUAAUUCCCGUUCUGGUAACAAACUAACUGGUUUCUUGAAAGAUGGGGAUGAAAUACGUCUGUCGCAUCUUUUGACUCAGGGAAAUUUGCACUCUCACGAAGUUCCUGGUCACGUUAGCAAAAAUUAUAGGGAGGUUUCGGGGUAUGGAUCUGAUGAAGUUGGCGAUUCCAAAGAUGAUUGGGUCGUGGAAAUUGUCUCUCAACUUCACUCUUCAAAUGUGACAUACGCCGAGCUUAAUGAGAAUGACGAACAGUUUGAGAAGCACGUGCACCCAGUGUCGACUACUUUUAGACUAAGGCAUAAAGUUCUUGGAUGUUACCUUGGAACCACAGGUAAAAGUUAUCCCACUUGGGGAUUUCAACAAGGUGAGGUUGUCUGCCUAGAUGCUCCAGCAAUUAAUUCCAUAGGUUCGAUCUUCAACACAGCUGCAAAUUGGAAUAUAGAGACGGUAGAAAAAACAACAUUUGAGGCUGACGAAGAUUAUGGGUAUCCAAAGUCAAGUUUCUUCAAAGACUUUAUUCAGCUUCAGCGUUCCAUGGCAGCUUCGAAUAAUGCACUCACCCCAGACCCAUCUAAGAACGAUAGUAUUGCUUCUUCAUGGUGGCAAUGGCCACUAAUGUUAGGUGCUAUCAGAAUGAGCGGAUGGUCACCUCAUGUCAGAAAAUACUAUAUGUUUGGGAACCCUUUCAUCAUCUGGUUUACAACAUUAUGCCUCCCUCUCUAUGUUGCGACUCUAGCUAUAAUAGCAUUCAAAUGGAAACACCAGACCUUGUCUCUUGAUGAAUACUCUUUGUGGAAAAUUUUCAUGACAGGUAUUGUCCCAUUUCUCGGCUAUGUUUUCCACUAUCUUCCAUUCAUUGUAAUGGGUAGAGUCACCUAUUUUCAUCACUACAUGCCAGCAUUAUACUUUGCCAUUUUUAUGUGCGGCUUCUCCAUAGAUCAAAUAACUUCCAGUUGGAAUAAAUUCAUGAGAGCGGCUGUGUUUGCUUUUCUAUAUGCUGUGACCAUCAUCUUUUUUGUUCUUUUCAGUCCUACCUGUCUUGGAAUGGUAGGGGUUAUAGAGAAUUACCGCUACAUUAAUUGGCUUCCUGCUUGGCAAUUCAGUGUCUACACACCCAUCGGUGAAAGUGCAAAACAGUUCAUUCCAUUCGUUAAAGAUAACAUAGGCUCGAUCAUUUCCAAGCUCUGGUUUAGUUCUAGCGCACCAUAGUCAACUUUUGAUUGAUUAGUGUUUUACUUCCUUUUUACUGAAUGAUCUAAUCUCUUAUAAGCAUUAUUUUUUUUGUAGGAUACUGUAGGCCACAUUUUAUAACGUUUACACAAAAGCCUUUUUAAGGUACCUAUUCCACUG